AACACUACCUUGAAUGCACGCUAUACGUGUUUUGAAAUCAUUGCUGUGUCGAAGUAUUCUGACGGCUUUCGUUCUACUUCUGACUUCCGUAUGGAUCUGCGGGCUGUUCGACCAUCUCUACGAAACCAGUUUUCGGGAGUUCAAACGAAUCGAGCCGUAGCUGGUGAGCCAGCUAGAUGGUCCCGCGCCAAUAACACAAACUUGUUCCGAACUAUAAAAGAGCCGAAGUGUCAGAUGUGGAAUCAUACGUUGGAGCUACUUAUCAUUGUCAAAUCGGCGUUUCGAAAUAAGAAGGCACGUGACGCUAUCCGACGGACAUGGGCUACUCACAGAAUUCGGAGUGCUGUUGAAGUCGUUUUUAUUGUUGGGAAAAAUAACGAUGCCGAUGUUAUCAAUGACAAGAUCGUGCUUGAUGAAAUACAAGAGCACGGCGACUUGCUGUACGUCGAUGUGAUUGACACAUAUAGGAACAAUACUCUUAAGUUGUACGAAGGAUGGAUGUUCAACACUACACCAUUUAGAUUCGGAUUUCACAAACAUGCAGUUUCGCUUGCAAUGUAUCCUUUCGAUCGGUAUCCACCGUACAUCACAGCGGGAGCGGUGUUACUAUCUCGUAAUUCUUUUGUUCAGUUCUAUCAUGCCAUGCAAAUAGUGAAGAUCUAUCCAUAUGACGACGUCUACGCAGGGAUUCUUGCUUAUCUGUUGAAAAUUUUACCUACUCACAACAAGGCGUUUGUAUUUUGGAGUCGAUACAUCAGUAAGGAAGAAUGGAUCCUUGGUGACGUCAUUGCCGCUCAUGGGUUCUCACCCAGUCGAUUACUUGAAGAAUUUCCAUUAUUGGUGCAGGAUUCAUAA